AUGGAGAUUACGAAAUCUCGAGGAUACAAGGAUUUCUUGUGGGCAGUUAAUCUACAUCGUUUUGGAUUUGAAAUAUUGGGCUUGUGGCCUAAACCUAACAAAUGUACUAAGAAAAGUUUGUGGCCAGAAAUUUGGGUCGGCAUCAUUUUUAUUUUAUUAAUAUUUGUUUCUAAUGUUCCGAUGAUAUAUGCAGUUAUAGAAGUUUGGGGUAAUAUGGUACUUGUAAUAGAUCAUUUACAUACAACGUUACCUCAACUGAUAAUAUCAGUGAGAUACAUCAUCAUGCGACAGAAACAAACAGUUGUAUUGUCAAUUGUAAACAUGAUGGCGGAAGAUUGGGUAGUAUUGAAGCAAGAUAGAGAAAGAAAUGUGAUGAUAAAACGAGCACAAACAGCACGAUUAAUUAUGAUGAUUGGAUAUGUUGUCAUGAUAAUAGCGGUUCUCGCAGUAAUCAUUCCACCUUGUUUUGGCAUUCCAGUAAUAUAUGUAAUAACGAAUUUCACGGAUGUGAGCAAACCGUUACCAUUGAAGACGUAUCAUUUUUACAAUACAGAUAAAAGUCCGCAAUUUGAAUUGACAUUUUUCAUUCAUAGCUUUACAACCUUUUUAGGAGGUUUCAUUUACAUGUGUGUAGAUAUUUUUCUAAUUUUAAUAAUUCUUCACAUUUGUGGCCAGUUAGAAAACUUUAGAUGCCGAUUAAUUGAUUUGAUUUCAUGCAAAAAUUACAAUGAAGUUUUAAACAACAUCAUAGAAAUCCAUUUACGUCUUAUCAGGUAUGAAUUUUUAUUGUGA